ACAGUGUUGUUUAGGCCUAGUCAACUUCGUGGAAAACCUUAGCAAUGGAGGAAGAAGCUAAAAGUGCUGGAGAAGACACCCCUAUCACUAGCCCAACAGAAAGCAUUAAUAUUGACGCAAGUGACAACAGUAAUGAUAUCCAUGUCAAAAAUGCAUUAAAUUUGGUGUGGUCUUUUGGUGUUAAUAGAAAUGUUCCAGUUCUUAAUCUAUCUAAUGAUGAUAGAAAGGCUGUUUUCUAUGUGACCGCACAUACAGGAGUGCUUUACGAUUUCAACAGAAAUAGACAAACUCUUUUUCAAGGACAUGGUAAUUGUCUCAGUUGCACAUGUGUCAGCAAUGAUAAAAGAUGGCUUGCAACUGCAGACAUUGGCCCAAACUGUAUGGUCAUUAUUUGGGAUACACUUGCAGGGAUUCCGAUCCAAACAUUUUUUGAGCCAUAUCCUGAUGGAGUGCAGAGUAUGAUGCUGUCACAUGAUGCAAAAUAUCUAGUAACUGCCAGUCACUCAGUGCCCCAGACUGUCUCUGUUUGGGACUGGACCACUGAAAGGACCUCACCAAUUUGCUCUGCAAUAUUAGAAGAGGGACAUGGAUUACAGACCCAUAUCGCAUUUCAUCCUGAUGACCCUCACCAAUUUGUCACCAACAAUGGCAAUCAAGUGAUUUUCUACUAUUGGACAUCUGACUCUGAGAAACUCCACUUUGUUGCCCCUCCCCUUUCAGACAAGGAUUUCAAUAAAGCUGUUGGCACUUACAGUCAGUCUGUUUUUCUGGCUGGCACUGAGAGAGCAUUGACAGCAACAAGUUGUGGCAAUAUAGUUGUAUGGAGUCAUUCUGAUGGUGACAUGCCAUGUAAUAAAAAGGCAUUCAAAAUUGUCAAGAUGCAAGAGAAAGCCCUCACUGUGCUAACAUUGUGUGACAAAUUCAUUGCUACUGGCGAUGUUGCUGGAAAUGUGAAGUUCUUUGACAGGGAUUUGAAAUUGUCAAAUUGGUAUGAGCAAUUCCAAAAAGCUGGACCAAUAAAUGCUUUAUCAUUUUCGCACUCAACUAGAGACACAGAGAGUCCCAGGCCAAUCAAAAAAGGAGAUUACCCCUCCAGCUCUACCUUGAAGGCGGAUGCUUUCGUAAUAAACGAUUUGGUGAUUGGUACAACAAGAUCGAACAUUGUUUACUUCAAAGCUGCUGGCAGUCAUUUCGAGUACAUCAGACAAGAAAACGAAAAAUCCGCGCAAGCCAUUGCCUGCCAUCCUAAAGAACCUAGAAUAUGUAUUGGAGGUUUUACCGGAAUGCUUCAGCUUUGGGACUACGACAAAAAAAAAUUGGUCGCAUCAAGGUACUUUGGAAAAGAUCAAGAAAUAACCUGUGUUGGUUUUAGUCCCGUAGGAAAUUUUAUCGCUGUUGGUUUUUCCUCCGGCCGAGUCACGGUUGUUGAUGGACUGAUUUUAGCGGAUGUUGGCCUAGAUGAAACAAAAUCAGACUUCUAUCAUUGUCAUGACUCUAUUGAGAACGUAGCUUUCUCGUAUGAUUGUCGAUAUCUAGCCACCUCUGACAUGGACCGUUGCGUAACACUGUUUAAAGCACAGCCUAACAGCAAGAGUCAGCCCUGGGUCUAUAUUGGCAAACAGAGAGCCCAUUACAAACGAAUUGUUGAUAUUUGUUUCGGAAAGGCUUUGGACGAGGAAAAAGCAAGGCUACUUUCACUCGGGGAAGACAGGGUUUUAGUUGAAUACGACCUCGACAACAGUUCUGAAGACGACCUUCGCCUAAUUGGCUCUGAUCGCAUCGAGCAAAGUGCUGUCCCUACAUGCUUUGCGUGGUACCCACCGAUUAUAAAAGAAGACUUCUUGCUGAUUGUCAACAACCAGUAUAAAAUGAAAUUGUUGAAUUCUACAACGAAAAUGUGCAGAAAAACAUUACUUGGUCCAACGUACGGAUCGACAGUAAAAAGGGUCACGAUGCUUCCUUUGGUCAAAGGAAAAGAAACUGGUUAUAUGGCUUACAUAACUACAGAUAAGGUUGGUCUGCAGAGGCUCCCGAUUGACGGAAAUCCACAUAAAUCGAUGGCACUUAUUGCUCAUCCAGGCCAAGUUUACGAUCUUGCAUGCUCCUACAACGGGAAGUACGUGUUCACUGCUGGUGGCCCGGACUGCUCGGUCCUGAUGUGGGAUGUCAAUACAACGGCCUUGGAAAUCUUGGAAAAGCUAGGCGGAGAAGAUCUAGUGCCAUUUUAUGGCCUGCUCGAAGGCGGGAAGGAAGGGGAACUUUUUGCUGAGCUUGAAGACUAUUUUUAUUAUUCCCAAAUGCGAAGUCAAGGCGUGGACUCCACCGAGGAAAGAGAAGUGUCAACCACAAUCCCUAUUUCGGAGAUUCCGUUCAUCAUGCGAGCUUUAGGAUACUACCCAACAGAACAAGAGAUCGAUGACAUGUUGAAUGAAGUAAAGUUUAGCAAAUAUGUCGAGACUGGCACAUACGUAACCGAAAUUGCCAUCGGGGAUUUUAUAAAACUUUACAUAAACCACCGCCCUGUGUUUGGACUCAGCCCAGACCAGCUAGAAGCAGCCUUCAAUGCUCUUGCGGAAGCGAACUAUGAUGAAGGAGAUUCGGUUGUGGAUAGGGGUCACUUGCUCUAUCUGCUGCAGAAUAAAGGCGAGCACCUCACCGAAGCUGAACUGGCAGAAUACAUGUCAACAUUGCUUGGAUUAACCGAACCAAGUGGCUCGGUGGAAUCGCGAAGCUUCGACGCAAAGGAUGCUUCUUCGCUGCUUCAAGAGAAUCUCCCAGAGGAAGUGACGGCGGAGAUAUUUGCAACGAGGCUACUUGGGCUCACACAGUAACGGUUUUGAUGCAAUACAUACCGGUUCAUUUCUGGAAGUUUCCACUUGUAAAUAUUGAAGGGUUGUGUAAACUUUGUAAAUAUUUUCAUUUAAAUGAUAUUAGAUCUCCGGCUGUCGGCGAAGUAUUGGUUUUUCUGUUGUCCUUAGUCGUGUCACCGUGCUCGGAAUUUCAGGGACAUUUUGCUGCGUAAAAUUAGGUACAAAAAUUCCUUAUGUAUGGGUUGAUUUUAAAAGGAGCAUUGUCAAUCAUCAUUGAACUGUAUUGUUUUUUAAUCUAAUGGUUGUCUACUUGACAAUUAAGAUAUUAGUCUAGUCGUAGCAAAAAUUCUAAAAAAACUUUGACAGG